AUGGGAGCUGUACCUCUCAUUCGGCCAGAACUCGUCUUUAUACGUCGCUCUGGCAAAAUGGAUAUUGAAAAGAUUCUUGAUCCUGUAUCCAUAGCGCAGCUCUUCGUAGCAAUACUUGUAAAUUCCUUCUUUGCUUAUAUCGUAUGCAAGAAAGGGGAGAAAAAAAUUGGCACCUACAAGUACCUACUGAUAUCCUUUGCUGCCUGCAAUAUUAUCUAUUCAUCCUCUGAAUUUCUUGCCAAGCCGAUUGGUCUCGUAUAUAGAAAUUCAAUUAUGGUCUACAGCAAAGGACUUUUUACGAAAGUGCAACCAACAGGAACACUGCUAUUGUGCUUUUUUUCCUCUAUGUAUGGAUUACAAAUGGCAAUUCUCGCUUUGCAUUUUCUCUAUCGUUAUGUUGUAGUAUGUAGGUAAAU